AUGGCAACCUUCGUGCCGAUGACAUCAUCCGCCGCUUCGAAGCUGCCGCUGACCCUUGACUCCCUUGAAACACAACCUCUUCCACCAACAAAAACACGAUGCUUCGUAUAUGGCAUGCAACCCAGAGCGGUCCAGGGAAUGCUGGACUUUGACUUCAUUUGCAAGCGCAGCACUCCAUCUGUUGCGGGAAUCAUCUAUACUUUCGGCGGCCAGUUCGUCAGCAAAAUGUACUGGGGUACAAGCGAAACUUUGCUUCCAGUGUACCAAAGCGCCGGUAAGGCGAUGGCCAAGCACUCGGAUGUCGACGUCGUCGUCAACUUUGCGUCGUCACGAAGUGUGUACAGUUCCACCAUGGAAUUGAUGCAAUACCCUCAAAUCAAGACCAUUGCUAUCAUCGCUGAAGGUGUUCCAGAACGACGUGCUCGCGAAAUCAUGGUUACCGCAAAGGAGAAAGGCGUCACAAUCAUUGGCCCUGCUACCGUCGGUGGUAUCAAACCUGGUGCGUUCAAGAUCGGUAACACUGGAGGUAUGAUGGACAACAUCGUUGCGUCGAAGCUCUACCGCAAGGGAUCUGUUGGCUACGUCUCCAAGUCGGGCGGUAUGUCAAACGAAUUAAACAAUAUUGUUUCGCAAACUACCGAUGGAGUCUACGAGGGUAUCGCCAUUGGCGGUGAUCGCUACCCAGGAACCACUUUCUUAGAUCACAUGCUUCGAUUCCAGGCUGAUCCAGCCUGCAAGAUUUUACUUCUCCUGGGUGAAGUCGGUGGUGUUGAAGAAUACCGUGUCAUUGACGCCGUUAAGAACGGCACCAUCACCAAACCAGUCGUUGCAUGGGCCAUCGGUACCUGCGCCAGUAUGUUCAAGACUGAGGUUCAAUUCGGCCACGCUGGUGCGUCCGCAAACUCCCAAUUAGAAACCGCGGUGAUGAAGAAUCAGGCCAUGAGAGAGGCUGGUAUCCACGUCCCCAACACCUUUGAAGAGCUCCCCGAAACUCUUCGAGGCGUUUACCAGAAGCUCGUGCAGCAAGGCACGAUUAAACCACAACCCGAACCAAUUCCCCCUAAGAUCCCUAUCGACUAUGCCUGGGCCCAGGAAUUGGGCCUUAUCCGUAAACCUGCCGCAUUCAUCUCUACAAUUUCCGAUGACCGUGGCCAAGAGCUUCUGUACGCUGGCAUGCCGAUCUCGGACGUGUUCAGGGAGGAUAUUGGUAUCGGGGGUGUCAUGUCGCUCCUCUGGUUCCGCCGACGUCUCCCUCCUUACGCCAGCAAAUUCUUAGAGAUGGUCCUGAUGUUGACUGCUGAUCACGGCCCAGCUGUGUCUGGUGCGAUGAACACCAUCAUCACCACCAGAGCCGGUAAAGAUCUGAUCAGCGCUUUGGUCUCUGGUCUCCUCACCAUUGGCUCUCGUUUCGGUGGAGCCUUGGAUGGAGCUGCCGAGGAAUUCACCAAGGCUUUCGACAAAGGUCUUAGCCCACGUGAUUUUGUUGAUACCAUGCGCAAGGAAAACAAGCUUAUCCCCGGUAUUGGCCACAAGGUUAAGUCGCGCAACAAUCCUGAUCUCCGUGUCGAACUCGUCAAAGAAUUCGUCGUCAAACACUUCCCUAGCCACAAGUUACUCGACUAUGCGAUCGCCGUUGAAACCGUGACGACUUCCAAGAAAGAUAAUCUCAUUCUCAAUGUUGAUGGCUGCGUUGCUGUCUGCUUUGUGGAUCUCAUGCGUAACUGUGGUGCCUUCAGUCCCGAGGAAGCCGAGGAUUAUUUGGGCAUGGGCGUCUUGAACGGUCUUUUCGUCCUGGGCCGCAGCAUCGGUUUGAUUGCGCAUUACCUCGAUCAAAAGAGAUUGCGCACUGGCUUGUAUCGUCACCCAUGGGACGACAUUACGUACCUGCUGCCAACCCUUCAGAAGGGUGCUCCAGGUGCAGAGGGCCGUGUGGAAGUUAGUAUGUAA